AUGGGGUCCCCAGCGCUCCUAGGGCCCCAUCUGCGGGGUUUAUGGGGUCCCCGGUGCCACCAAGGUCCCAUCCCUGCGGCAUCGGUGGCCCCCCAGGACACGGCGUGGAACGGGGUCCCCUGCGUCCCCAUUGUCCACUCCCUGCAGCACUUGGGGUCGCCCCGCAGCCCUGUUCCCCCCCCCGUCCCCUCCGUAUCCCCGGUGCCAUCUCCACCCCCCCUCCGUGUGUCCCCCCCUCGUGUCCCCCCCGUCCCCGGUGACCCAGCGGAACCGGGGCUGACCCUGCCCCGGCCAUGGGCGGCCGCUUCCUCAGGAAACCCCUGGCCACCGUCACCGGGGUCACCAGCGCAGCACCAGUGUCACCAGCACGGCAACAGUGUCACCAGCACCAGUGUCACCAGCACCAUUGCACCGGGGUCACCAGCACCAGUGUCACCAGCACCAGUGUCACCAGCACCAUUGCACCGGGGUCACCAGCACCAGUGUCACCAGCACCAUCACACCGGUGACACCAGCACCAGUGUCACCAGCACCAUUGCACCAGGGUCACCAGCACCAUCGCACUGGGGUCACCAGCACCAUUCAACCGGCGUCACCAACACCAUCGCACCAGUAUCACCAGCACCAUCGCACCGGUGUCACCAGCACCAUUACAUCGGUGUCACCAGCACCAUCGCACCAGCAUCACCAGCACCAUUGAACCGGUACCACCAGCACCAUCGCACCAGCAUCACCAGCACCAUCGCACCGGCAUCACCAGCACCAUCGCACCGGUACCACCAGCACCAUCGCCCCGGCAUCACCAGCACCAUCGCACCGGUACCACCAGCACCAUUGAACCGGUACCACCAGCACCAUCGCACCGGUACCACCAGCACCAUUGAACCGGCAAUGCCGCUGCUGAGGAAGCCGCCCCGGGACGAAGACCCCGAGCCCGGGGACCCGUUCGCAGCCAGCCCCGAGAGCCGGUUCCGGCGCCGCGCAACGCUCGAGCUGCUCGUGGGGCUCGGCCCCUUCGGGCGCUCCCGGCGCGGAGCCCCCCCAGGACCGGGACCGGGACCGGGGCUGGGACCGGGGCCGGGUCCCGGCGGUGAUGCCCGAGCCCGGCGCCGCUCCGAGGACCUGGGGCGGCGGCGCCGCAAGGAGGAGCCCAGCGGCACCAAGCGCGGGUCCUGGCUGCGGCUCCCGGUGCCGACCCCGUGGGGCCAGCGAGGGGCAGGCGCGGAGCGAGCGGGCGGCGGGGACGGAACGGACGGGGCCGGAGGAGGAGAUGGGGACGGAGCCGGGCAGGGAACGGACGGGAGAGGGAAGGAGAAGGAGAAGGAGAAGGAGCCGCUGUCGGUGCUGGAGAUCCUGGAGCUGAUCCAGCGGCGGGAGCUGCUGGCGGCCGAUGAGCAAAUCAUUGCCUUGGAGGCGGAGUGCGCGGCCCCAUCAUCACCAUCAUCACCCCCAUCAUCAUCAUCACCCCCAUCACCUCCAUCAUCAUCCCCAUCAUCCCCGGCCCCCGGCCGCCAGGCUCGGGACGUGGCCCUGCUCUACCGGGCGCUCCUGGCUCAGCUCUGGGCCGUGCUGGCCGAGGCCGUGGCCGCCGCUCGCCCCUUGCCCUCGCUGCGCUCCGUGAUCCGGGUCCUGCAGCAGGAGGAAGCCGCGGAUCAACGCCAGGGACCCGGGGCAACCGGACGGCCCCGGAGGCUGCGGCAGCGCUGGGAGGAGGCGGCGGCGAGGGCGGCCGGGGAGCGCCUGGCGCAGGCGGCGCCCGGGAGCGGGGCCGCGCUGGGAGCGGAGCUGGCGGCGCUGGCGGCGCGGAUGCUCCGGGACCUGAGCUCCGUGCGCGCUCACGUGGCCCCCGCGUUCCCGGCCGCCUACGACGCCGCCGCCGUGUACGCGCGCGGGUACCACCGGGCCCUGCAGCAGCGGCUCCGGGCAGCGGCGCAGAGGGAGCUCGGGGUCCCGGAGCUUUACGUGCUCCUGGAGUGGAGCAGCGGAGCCUACCCCCGGGAGGUGCUGGGGAACCCCGAGGUGGGGCCCUUGCUGCAGGGACUGGGGCCCCCUCUGCCCCCCGAGACCCAGCGCAGCCUCGAGAGCACCUGCAUCAGCGCCGUCAAGGCGAAGGUGGAGGCGGCGCUGGCCCAGGAGCUGCAGCUCAGUGAGGACUCGUGGGGCGAGGAGGUCACCAGCCAGGAGCUGCAGGAGGGGCUGGCCCCACGCGUCACGGGGUUGCUGCGGGCGCACGUGGAUCGAGCCCCCCAAAUCACCCCCGAGUUCGGCAGGGAGAUGGCGCAGACUCUGCUGGGAGUGCUGGUGACCUUCCUGCAUAGCUUCCAGCGCAAGGUGGAGCGGUUCCUGGAGGCACCCAUUGACCCGUGCCCACCCGACGGCACCGCCGGCCGCGCCAUCGCCCUGGUCAACUGCUGCCCCCCGUUCAGGAGCUUCACCGAGCGCCUGGCACAGUUUGGGCACCCCGAGGGGGAGGAGCUGCGGCGCCAGGCCCAGGGUGCCCUGGACAAGGUGACCCGGAGCUGCAACCAUGUCCUCACCCAGCGCCUCUUUGAGGACCUCAAGCCCUACUUCAACAAGCUCAUGAAGCGCAAGUGGCUGACGAGCUCGGACGCCUUCGACUCCAUCGUGAUGCUCAUCACCAGCUUCUCCCAGAAGCUCCGCCCACUGCACCCCGAGCCCUACCAGGUGCUGGUGAGUGAGCUGCACCGCCGGGUGCUCCUGGCCUACGUGCGCCCCCUGCUCUCGGGGCGCCUGCUCUGCCCCUCGGCCAAGGCCCGGGCCCGUGUGGCCGCGCGCCUCAGUGACGAGGCCCGGCAGCUCCGCGAGCUCUUCACCCGCCUGGACUCGGCAUCCCCGUGGCUGGACUCGGUGGUGCCGCGGCUGCGGGAGCUGCUGGUGCUGGAGGACACGGCCGCGCUGCAGAUGGAGGUCGGGGUCCUGGCCAGGGACUUCCCUGAUGUUCGGCGGGAGCACGUGGCAGCGGUGCUGGAUGCACGGGGCCUGCGGAGCCCCUCGGCCCGACACGAGAUCCUGGGGGUGCUGCGGGACCUGGAGCGGGGGGGGGCCGUGACCCCGGCCCCGCUGGCACCGGCGUCGCCAUCGCGGCACCGCGCGUUCUUCGCCGAGCUGCCGGUGCCCGGGGCCGGGCGCUGUUUGCCCUUCCAGCUCCCGCGCCUGGCGCCCAUGGCCCGGCUGCGCCGACGGCGCCCGCGCCUCUGAGGUGGCUCCUAGGGGUGCGCAUCGACAGCUGCUGGCACCGCCCCAUCCCCAUCCCC